AUGAAGGUUCACAUGCUUGUAGGCAUGCUGGUUGUGGUGGCUUUCUCAGCAGGAAAGGCUCCUGUUCCUGAAGUCCGGACUUGUCACUUCUGCCUUUUAGAAGACCCUGCUGUAGGUUGCAUUUCAGGCUCAGAGAAGUGCACGAUCAACAGCUUGUCCCCAUGUAUGGUGAUUACCAUUUACUAUGAUACCAAGCCUCGCUUCAUCAUCCGAGCCUGCGGACGGUAUCAUUCCUACCGCUGCCAAGAACAGCGUAGCACCUACUUCUUGAAGUACUGGUACCAGGCCCAGUGCUGCCAGUACGAUUACUGCAACUCCUGGUCCAGCCCACAGCUCCAGAGCCCCCCAUCUCAGCCCCUUGAUAGGCCCCUGGCCCUGCCCCUAACUGAAUCCCAGAUCCAACAGUUCUACCAGGCCCUGAACCUCUCCCUGCCCCUACCCAUCUUCCAUGCUGGGAUGGAGCCUGAAGGUUUAGACCCUCUGGCCACCCUACCCCUGAGCCUGGGCUUGUCCAUUGCUGACCUGCGCCAUACCUACCUGUUUCUCAACAGAUCAGGACUUCUCGUUCUUCCCCAGGCUGGACCCUGA